AUGGCUACCGCCAGCAACGCGAUGACGAGCGCCGGCGAAACGAGCGGCAACAACGUGCCACAGUGGAAAAGGGACUUGAUCCAACGUCGCAGACAGCAGAACAAAGUUCUCGCGAACAACGGUGCGAACGUGAAGUUAUGUUCGGCAGUGAUCGGUCCGUCGGCGACGUCCAGUUCGACGGAUACCGUCGAUCCGUCCGGUGGUCAAGAGCAGUCGACGACCGGCAACGUUUCCUCGAGAACAAGGACGGCGAGUACCGGAGAGGAGAAUUCGAACUCGUCGAGCGGUAACGGUGGAAGCGCCAUAGCUGGCGUCGUCGUGUCUUCUUCUCCUUUUUUCUCGAGGGGACCGGCGUGUGGCGCCAUCGUCGGUCGCGGUGUCGACGUCGCCGGCUCGACAGUCGCGUGCAACAUGCGUCUCGAGGCGGAUCUCUCGUUCUGCUCGGAUUCGGAGGAUGUUGCGAACGGCGCGUUGAACAAGUCGUCGACGGAUACGGAGCGGAAAUCCGAACACGGUGACGGUUCCGAGAACGAGGACGCGAAGGGAAGCGACCCGUUGGCCGGUUGCGACGAGCGGCGCGCGACCGCCGUCAACAAAGUGGAGAAAGACGUGUUGAUGGAAUUGUCGAAGAACAAGUCGGAAAUGGCGAGAAACAGGGCGUCGAGCGACGACGGGGAGAGCGAUAGCUCGGAGGAGUUGCAGUACGGUCCUGGGAUCGUGAAUAAGCUGAAAAGCAAGUAUCUUAACCUUACUUUGAGGGAAACGAACAGGAGUCGCGUGUCCGUGCAACGUUUUCGCCGCGCGGCAAGUCUCGAGGACUUGCUAGACUGCGACGACGAGCCGAACGAGAAAAGCACAAGGAAAUACGCGAAGAGGACGGCGCCAGGUGCCGCGACGAAAACGGACAGAUACAGAAACGCUUCGCGCGGGAACGAGUCGAUGAAACGAGCCAGGAGCGUGGAGACAUUGUUGAGGUACAAUGGCACGGACGAGGUGGCCAGUGGUCAUGGCGUAACCGGUCGCGUGGCCGCGAACGGCCUGAAGCAAGAGCCGGUCAACGACCACAUUAUCCUGAUAGAUCGGACCACGGUGAAGAUAGAGAGUCGGUUGGGCGAGUUGGACAGGCCCAAAGCUGUGAACAAACCGAAGAGAAUCAAACCGUUGCUGGCGGAGACCGAGAGGCCACCGCCGGAUCUAGUCAAGACCACCAUGAGAAUCUUCGAAGGGUCCGCGAAGAAGUUGAAACCGAAAGGCGAGGUAGCUGCCAAGGUGGCCACGUUCAAGACCAUAAACGACACGUACAAAGCCCAGACGCAGAAAAAGCUGGUGCCGAAACCGCCCGUCCAACCGAAACCUUUCGUGAACGGCAACUCCAGGGCACCGCCCGGCUCCCCGAAGAAGAUCGUGCUGCCGCAGAAACCGACGGCCGAACUGAUCGAGACCCAGGAGGAGUUCCACAUCGACGGGGUGAUAACGGAUCCUAUCGUGCAGUCCGUCUCCUCCGUGGUCAGCAAGUUCCAGCAGAUCGAAAAGUCGCAUUCUCCCUCGCCCUCGCCCGAGCCAUCCUUCAAGUUGAAGUUCUCCCCGGCGCCGAGUCCCGAGCCUCAAUUAAGUAAAUUCAAAUCCUCCUUAGAGAUCAGCGUCAAGUCCCCGCCCGUAACGCCCGUUCUUUCCCCCAGAAUCCCCUCGCCCAGGCUGCACAGCCCUUCGUCACCGAUCAAGGACACCGCGUUGAGGCAAGGCUCGCCACGCGUGCACAGUCCACCGUCCCCGAUGAAGGACCUACCCAGACAGAACUCCAGUCCCGUCCACAAGCCGCCACCGAGUCCGAGCAGGGAGCUGCUCAGACAAAUGUCCGCUCCUGAACAGACCAAAGUCCCGCGGACGGACGAGACCGCGCUUAACAAUACCGCGGAACAUCCGCGACAACAGCAAUCACCCGAAAGGAUACACAGUCCCACGGAAACGGAGAAAUUCGACGAAUGCAAGUUUCCUGCGGACGCCGUGGCCAGCGACGACGAGCUCGCCGAGGAGGAGGUCGACGCUCCUAAAACCAUCUCCAAAACUGCGUUGGAGAACAUCGCGAGAACCGGAGUCACUAUGCAGUUCAGCUUCAGCGAUAAGCCCACUUCGAACAAGAGUUACCUACCGGGUUUCAAACAGAACGGUCAGAAGGUGGACGAACAGCCGGACAUUAGAAACGAGACCAAGUCGUCGGAGUCGAGGGGCAAGCCGUUUUUGUCGCCGACUAUCGGCAACAACGCGGGAAACGUAGCCGUAACGGAACAGGAGACGACGGUAUCGAGGCUGCAGGAGAGGCUAGAGGCGGACAAGCGCGAUAGGAAGAUCGAGGACAGCAAAGAGGAUACCGACGUCAAGCUCAACGUCGACAAUAAACCCAUAGGUGCUAUCUGUAGCCUAGGUUUGAUCAAGACCUCCACCACCACCUCGUAUCCGCAAGGGAACGAGUCGAAAACGAUAAGAUGCCAGAAAAACACCGAGUCGCCUCCUCAGAAACAAAUUGGAAUAAUCAGACCGCUAGUGUCCACCAAGACGCAGCAUCCUCAACAGAAUCUGAGCAACAGAGAGUUGGAAAAGAAUUUGAUCAAUCGGGUGAAGAGCAUAGAACAGCCGACCAAGGUCGUGGUCAGUCUGAAGAGCGCGGAGGAGAUUCAACCUGCGAAAAAGACCGGUUCAGGUGGCACUGGCCUGUGGGAGACGAAGCCAUGGAAUCAACAGAACAACACCAUGGUGUUCAAUUUCAGUAACCGGAAGGACGUGCCGGACUAUAUCGAAAACGAUGGACUCAUCAUUAAGAGGAAAAGGGAGAAGCCGAAGGUUGGUGACGGCGGCAUCAUAGUGUUGGAUGCCACGUUGGACGCGUCCACAACCGACGACGCCGAAUGGGAGCUUACAGGUGGUCCACCUUCGCCCUGCGAUGUGUCGUUUUUCAACGACAACGUUCUCAUCAAUGGACGCAGCAACCUCUCGAGGACGCCACGAAAUCACAAACAUCGGAUACAAUUCGACGAUACAGCAACCCGUACCUUCGAAUAUCCCAGCGAGGCAUCGAUGCUGGAGGGUGAGAGCAGCGUGGAUGGCGACACUUCCGGUUCCGACGAGCAAUCAGCUCCGAUCAGUAAUAAAACGUCCUCGACCAAUUCGACGACGAGCUUGCCGACCCUUCUCGGUGGUGGUGGUGGUCUAGCCAGUUACACUCCCAGCAAAGUGGACCUGACAUCCGAAGGCUUCGAAUUGGGUGUGACGAGCAGAGCCGCGUCCUCGACCCCGGUGCCGAUCCAAACGUCCACUCCGACACCUGAUCAAGCGGAAAACGAGACCGACGCGGACUACCUGAAACCUGCUCAAGACGCUGGCGCGUGGGGUUCCGAAACGACCGGCGAUCUUCUCUACUGAACGAGUACCAACGACAAACCAGAAGAGGAUCGGCAAAGAAAGCGUGACGACGGAAACGCGUGGGGCUGAAAGAAGCUCGGAAGCUCAAAAGCUCUCCCGCGUGGAGAGCGAGGAAUCCCAAGUUCCGACUACUCAAAAGACUAAUUAUAAAGUAUUUCUCUUUCCGUUUUUAUUUUUCGUAAACACGAAAGAACGUUAGAUUAAGCUUCUAACGACGGAAGGAAGCAAACGAUCACUACACCGAAGAAAAAGAACAGACAUCUUUCUUCGAGUGACGAUUGCUCGUCGCGUACGAAUAAGCAACUGCGAAUUUGUUUAUUAUUUUUUGUCAAAAAUGCAUCACCGACGCGUUCACGACCGUUUUUGUACCCGUAGUUCGUUCUCGAGCUAGAUUGUUUUUAACGAAAUCAAACACGAGAAGAAAUCGUGAAUUUUCGUUCGCGAACGCGUCGAUAAAAAAGCAAACGUUUCCUUAGGUAGUAAGGCGAGAAAAUGAACCACAGUAUCAUUCCAAUUAUAUGCAUUUACGUUGUAUCAACUACGAUAACAAACAGAAAAAAAAGAAGCGAACAAACUUUCCUAAGUAACGAAUAACUGAAACUGCCAAUAGUAGCCGCCAGUGCUUUUCUCCCUUUUCGAUAGCACUUUAAGACGGAGAGUUCAGUGAUCGAUGAACAAGAAAAAGAGAUAAGAAGCAAGAGAAAAUAGCAUAUCACCUUUUUUGGCACAUUUUACAACAAACGGAGAGAAGUCGACGAUGGAACUGAACAUUUUUGUAUACCUUUUUGAGAUUACUUUAUCAGCUAUUAAUAAGCCAUUGAACGUUCGAGCUGCCAGUCGAAGGCCAAAAGCAAGUUUUAUGCAAGAUUUUUUUUAGGUAAAAACGAAAAAAGAAAAAAGAAAAAGAGAAUAAGAACAUUCGAAUUUAGAUUUGUAAAAGUUUUUUGCCAAAGUAGAGUGUAAGUCUACUUGAUACACUUUAACGUAUAUGUACGAUAAGUCGAGAACCGUCAGUUCAGGAAGCGAUGGAAGAAUUGUACAUUCGAAAGAAAAUUCAUUAUUUAUACAAAUAUGCUCAAGGUUCGUUCACACUUUGAUGUAGGAUAAAAUACGAUUUCCUUUCGUUCGUUCGAACGACGACCAAAAACAGAAAGAUAAACCCAACUAAUCAUCGACUACAU